AUGGAGGCGGUGGCGUUCGUGGCCGUGGCCGCGGUCUGCCUCGUAGCCAGGGCGCGGGGCGCCGCUCCGGGCAUUGACCUGCGCAUCUCGCAAAGCGGCUUGGAAUACGCCACCCCGGGGUUUGCGAGGGCCCCGGGCCGGACGGCCGGGGGCGGCCUUGCUGCCGGAGGGUGGUGGAGCCACACGCGCUGCGGGGGGAGGGGAUUUCACCGCAACGAGCGAAUGGAGACGGCGGGGAAGGAGACGGGGACGCGGCGUGCGCCGAGGACCACGGAGGAUGCCCGCGGGGCCGGGAGAGACCGGAGGGACGGCGCGGGCCCGCCCGGGGCGACGGGGGAGGCGACGGGGGAGGGAGGUGCGGCGAGGGAAGGGUGCGGGGAUGGUGGAUGGGACCGGAGGGGGCAUGGGGGGGGCGGAGGAGCGAAGAGGCCGAGGGGGAGCGCCGGGAGGCCGGGGACGGAGCGCCCCCGAGCAGAGCGCAGGCGACGAAGCAGGGGGGAUGCCAUCAAGCCGGGGGCCGCGGGAGGAACGGAGGAGGAGGAUGACAGCGGACGCUGGCCCGGUGGGAGCGGGGAGACCCAGCGAAGGAGCGGGGAGGUGGCGCAGUGGAGCAGGGGCGGGCCGGACACCAACGCACGCCAGGAGGCUCAACUGCGUCAGGGUGGAGUUGAAGGACGACGUGGGGGAGGAGGUGGCGAUUGA